UUUUGGGACUCUGUCUGGAACUGUGUCUGGCCUGUAUCUCCAACCUGGUAUGGGAUGUGGUUUUAGGAACGGUGAAUGGGGCGCGGUUCCGGACUGAGAGUGAGACAAUGUUUGGGACUGCAAUUGGGACCAGGUUCGGGAUGGAGAUCGGGACUGCAAUUGGGACUAUGUUCCGGACAUGCAGAGGGACUAGGACAGGGACUACGGUAGGUUUGCCACUUAGACAGGGAUGAGGUUUGGGACUUAUACAGGAAAGUGGGACGAGGUCUGGGGUGUGAUUUAAAAGUUUGAAGUAGUGGCGAUCACGUCGUCAGAAGGUUAUGGGGACCAGGAGUGGGACUAGGUUUGCGACUUAGAUAGGGAUGAGGUUUGGGACUUACACAGGAAAGUGGGACUAGGUCUGGGGUGUGAUUUGAAAGUUGAAGUAGCGGCGAUCACGUCUUCAGAAGGUUAUGGGGACCAGGAGUGGGACCGGGACAAGAAUUGGGGUCAGAAUAGGUAGGCGUGGUUUAAUCGUUUUGUUUGUCUAUUGUGUGAGGUCUUUAGGAAAGCCCUUUUCCAUCUACCCUUUAGUUAGGUAGUUGGACAUGGAGAAGGGGGGACAGCUUGGGGGUCACCACAGAAUAGGAUCUGUGAGAAGGAGGUGUCGUUCUGGAGCUUGUAUAGGUUUCUACGGCUUCUGAGCCAUGAGUGGGCGGCAAGUAUGAUGGCGGGCGGGAGAUGCACGGAAGGUCCAACUAGGCAUUGUGUAGCUGUGGCUCCUUGGUUGGAUGGGUGGGCAGAAGACAGAUUAGUUUGACUUGUGAGUGGAUACUUGUCACUCCUUGGGAGGGAUGGGUCAUAUUACGACGUACUUGGGAGCUUGCAAAUACUAUGAAGCUUGUGUGCAAAGGGACAGAGAGACUCAUUUGGGUGAGUUGGAGGAGGAGAUCGGUGUUGGUCAGUGAUGAUCACCACUGUAGAUGCUCAUGCGAAGGGGUGAAACCCAAGCUGACACCUGGACAAGCCAGAAAGCUGGCCAGCUGUGCUUUAGUGUAUGCAGAGCGUGCAGACUGUUUAGUCAUGUCUCCCACUACAGAGGAUGAGAUGUGCAGGUGAUGAUUUUGCAUCGCCGUGGUAUCUAGCCGCACUUCGUAACCUCUGUGUUAUUGUUUUCAGGCGUCCACAAAAAGCCCAUAUGUUCGUCGAAUCCUGUGGUAUCUCUCUCCAUGUCUGUGCUGUGGGCUUUCUACACACUUCAGGCAUUGGUCAGCAGCAUGCUUUGCUAUCAUUACCAUAUGUCCUCAGACGCUGACGUGCCUGGGGGUGAUCGGCGGAUCGCAACCCUCCCUGCAUCUUGCUAUCCGCAGUGCCAAAGCUUCGCGGUGAUCGUCAUCGUUUUGGGCGUCUUCCGCGGAAUGCUGGCUGUGGUUCAGGUAUUCGUUCCUUGGGGAAAGCCAGUCAUUCUGUUGCCGUCGAGGGUGCCGCAGCAUGGGGUUGUUGAUUGCAGGAAGUAAAGAUAGCAUCGCACCCUUCUGACCGUCUGGUCCUAAGCACGAGUAGCAUGGGUUAACUACACUGUGAACAGUGGAGGUAGCUUGGCUUGUUGGUGGGAUUACGAUCGGCUAGUGUAUGCGAGUUCCUAAAGGUUGUCCCGGUGUGUUGUCCAAUGGCAGUUUUAGACUUCUAGAAGUUCUAGUGCAUUAUAUACCGAUUCGACGUCCUGCAGCAUAAACGCAAAAGUACUGGCAUUUUGAUAAGAGGUCACUCUUAAACUCGACGUCUGUGCAAAAGGGUUCGUAUGGACCCUCUUUAGCUGUGAGUCAUCCUCGUGGUCGUAGUACAACAACUUCAGGGUUAGUGCUGCAUCAUCUGGCAUUUUGUUGAAAUGCUGCAAUCUCUCAGGGAGUAGAAACAGCUUUGUAAUUGGCACAGCUGUGGCAAUUAACAUUGUCGAUAGCAUGAGUAAACAUAGCCUUGCCGUCCAGUUUUCUCGUCUUUUUCUUCUGGUGCCCCCCAUGUGACUGCAUCUCGGUGUGCGCUGCUCUGAGGUUUUGCGUUCGGCUUUUCAAAGGUUCUCUCGUUCAUAGAUCGGUCGACGAACUGGGCGUCUUUUGCGGCUGCCGAUGCCUAUGCUUCAUUGAACAUAAUAAUGUUCUUCAUUGCUAUACCUUGCCUCGAGUGUGGUGGUGCUUUUUCUCUUCUCUGUUUCGCACUAGCAUCAGUCAUAAUAAUGUUCUUCAUUGCUGUACCUUGCCUCGAGUGUGGUUGUGCUUUUUCUCUUCUCUGUUUCGCACAAGCAUCAGUCACAAGUAGUUCUGCCUUCGCUACCCUUUUGCAGCAGAGCGGAGUUGGAUUGCAUGUUCGGUAGGUGGUUUUUCUAACUGCGGGGGAAUAGGAGUGUUUACGUCUGUAGCCUCUGAACACUCAGAGCAUUUUGGGAUGAUGUCAUUCAGCAGAUCAAGGGUGAAAGGAGAGCAGGUCGCUCUCUGCUACAAGAUCCCACCGUCGACUCGACACGGCUUGCAACUUUCAACUUGGCUUCGGGGAUUGUGUCUGGUAUGGAUUACUAUCUCAACGCCAUGCCAGCGUGAGAAAGAAAAGAUGGGGUCGUCAAGCUCUGUGCUCAACGUCUGAGAGCGGGCCCCGCAUCUUGCGCUUGUGUGCGCACUUCGACUGGAAGCGUCAGGUGUCCUUUUGUGCCCAUUGUGCGUACGACAAGUGGAAUGUUGUCUUAUACUGUGGACAGUGUGAAGCCAAUUCAGGGAUGUGGUCGUUGUCUACAAAGGGAGUUCAGGAAGGAGGAUCUGUAUGGAUUCUUCACUUCGCUUUUCAUCGGUGAAGAUACCUUUUUUCACCGGCGUACCUUUUUUCACCGGCAAAUUCAAUGCUGAUCAGACUCAGGCGCAGGCGCAGGCUCUGGCUCUGGUUCUGGCUCUGGCUCUGGCUCUGGCUCUUACCACCCU